GUCACAGUAGUUAUUGUCACGUACGUCAACACAUAGACAUGACGUCACAUUUGGUCUCGCCCUGCCUUUUAUCAACAUUGCAAGGUGCACUGUAUUUUGGAGGUAGGAGACCGCAAGAUUGGGAUGAUAAUCCACCUUUGCUUCCUGGCCUUAAAGAAUUUCUUCCUCGUGAAUUGAUGAUGGGAAACACAACAUCCGAACCACAACUGAUAGGCCACACAGACUCGCAAAAGACACUAACAGUAGAUGUUCUGCAAAAUGAAAAUGCAAGAAGCCAAGUGGAUGUCAUAGUCUGUUUCGUUGACACAAAUUGGAGUGUAAACGAUCAGAUAACCCAAGCCAUAACAUCACUUGGAGGAAACAUUUACGUCACAGCACGUGAAAAAUUAAAAGAUCAACAUCCUAUUUGUACUGCUGGUAAUAUAUUCAGCUGCAGUGGGGGUAAACUGAAUUGUAAAACAGUGUUACUGGUAGUUGUUCCACCAGGAGACUUGAGUCAGCACCUCCUAAUGAUCCCAAGUAUUUUACAAAAUGUCAUACUCAGGGCGUCCGAACUUGAUGCACGUAGCAUUGCUAUUCCUUUAGGGAUCGAACCACCAUUUCAAGUGAACAUUCUUCUGCCUGCUCUUUACAUGAUUUACUUGGACCAAAAUUUGGGGUCCUCUCUUGUUCAGUUCCAUCUCGUAACCACAAACUCAGAACUGCUGUCACAAAUUCUGCAGACUAUUAAAGAAAUGAAUAAGAUGAACCCAAGUGACACGGACCUUGAUGAAACACCCCCCUUGACUGAAAAUGCUGCAUCUAACAGUUGUUAUACACAUUCCCCACCCCAAUUUCGGAAAGGUUGUGUACCAGGACAACCUGUGAAUCUGCUCCUUCCACAGUCAACGGAUCUGCAACUCGACACAGUGCACGAAAAUGCUUUAGAUCAACCAGUCAUGGCAGGGAACGGGACGAACGCUGGUCAACAUUCGUCAAAUGGAAGCAGUUGUUUUGAGAACAUCCAAACUGUUCCUGUGAACAGUAACGAUACAUCACACGCGAUGAAUCAAAGCAAGAACUUACAAAACGACGUGGUAGAUGUGGUAGAUGUGGUAGAGCCCAUGAACAAUGUCAGUGAUAAUCGGUCUCUCUACUCAUCCAUGGUGGAGGAAAUGCACAAACAAGUCGAAAAAGUUUCUGAGAAUGAUUUUCUAAAAUCAGUAAACUUGAGGACUUCUGACAAUUCGAUCCCUCGUUUGGUAACAUUUAGCGAUGAAGUGAAAGAAUACAUAGAUCCUAAACAACCUCCAGUAGUUCGAUCCUUGUCCAAUGACGACCUCGGUACACUGGACUUUCAGAACUUAUCUGUGAAGCGUCCAGUCACCCGGCGUCAGGGAAAGCGUCCAGUGCAGCGGGGAGAACCCGUGGUGGUCGUGGAAUACGACGAAGAAGUAUCGGCGAGGAUUGCGGAUCCUACCUUCUUUUGUGUAAUUUGUCAAAGUGAACACAAGAUAGAUAUCCAGAGAAAGUUGGAUAAAUGUAAACAUGUGUUUUGCACAGAAUGUAUCGAAGACUAUUUUGUUAGAGAGAAGCCUGUUUGUCCGAUAUGUAACACAGUGUAUGGAGAAGUUAAAGGAAAUAUGCCACCGGGGAUUAUGUCGUACUACACUCGCAGUGCGCAUCUGCCUGGAUACAAGCGUGUGGGGGUCAUUAUUAUUGAUUAUGACAUUCCAGAUGGGAUCCAGACAGAAGAGCAUCCUCAUCCUGGUAAACCUUUCAAAGGAGCAACGCGUACAGCUUUCCUACCGGACACAGAACAGGGACAAAAGUGUCUGCGAUUACUACAGAAAGCUUUUGAUCAGAGACUGACGUUCACAGUGGGACAGUCUAGAACUACAAGACGAGAGGAUAGUGUCACGUGGAACGAUAUCCAUCAUAAAACGAAUGUUCAAGGUGGGCCACAAAGAUUUGGAUACCCAGACCCUGACUAUUUGGAUCGUCUUGAGAGAGAACUUCGAGACCGCGGAAUAACAGAAGACUGAUCUGAAUUACAAUCUGUAACUUCAACCAAAUAAUAGGAUAAUACGUAUUUGUUUCAUGUAUAUCCUGUGACGAUUUGUAUUUUACACCAAACGUCACGAGUUGUUGAUUUAUAUGCAAGUCAAUACAAUUUAUUGAUCCUUC